AUGUCCUCUCUCCAGCUAACCGCCGCUCCCCUGUUAAUCGCGACCUGUUCCGCCCCCUCAGGCCAAGGAAACAUUGGCGCCGACUCGACCCAAUACGUCGACGCUGCCAUAGUCCGUGAAGGCGUGUACGGCGACCAAGGCGACGGCGCUUAUUCCGCAGGUCGCGGAGGCGCCGGCAAUAUCGGUUCGCCCCAUGUCCGUCCGGCAACCGGCACUCCCCACGACGCCGAAGUCAUCCCCGAACUGUCGAUUCGCAAGUCGGUCGAUGGGGACUACCACACGGGGCGCGGGGGCCAGGGAAACGUCCAUCUGGACGAGGAGCACCGCAAGGAAAAGGAAGAGAAGAAGAAGAACCGGAAGUCGCUGGCUCACGAGGGACUGGCGGAGAAACUGAAGCAGAAGCUGUUCGGGAAGAAUUAG